AUGUCUUAUUCAAAUAAGUAUACACUAGCGGCGCUCCCUAGGACUCAGCGGGGCACACCAUUAGUACUUGGGGGGGAUCCCAAAGGAAAUAAUUUCUUGUACAGUAAUGGGAAUUCGGUAAUAAUUCGCAAUAUAGAAAACCCGGCGAUUGCAGAUGUGUAUACCGAGCACUCUUGCCAAGUCAAUGUUGCUAAAUACUCUCCGAGUGGAUUCUAUAUAGCUUCCGGAGACGUAUCCGGCAAAAUUCGUAUCUGGGAUACAGUAAACAAGGAGCAUAUCCUAAAGAAUGAGUUUCAACCAAUUGGAGGUCCUAUCAAGGACAUCGCUUGGAGUUCAGACAACCAGAGGAUGGUUGCCGUUGGCGAGGGUAGAGAGAGAUUCGGUCACGUGUUUAUGGCGGAAACGGGGACAUCGGUAGGUGAGAUCAGCGGCCAAUCAAAGGCCAUCAAUUCGGUCGACUUCCGGCCAGCUCGGCCCUUCCGCAUUGUUACGGCUUCCGAGGACAACACGCUAGGUGUAUUUGAAGGACCACCCUUCAAGUUCAAAUGUACUAAACAGGAGCACACUCGUUUCGCCCAAGCAGUGCGGUACAGUCCUGAUGGAAAGCUAUUUGCCUCAGCUGGCUUUGAUGGCAAGAUCUUCCUCUUUGAUGGACAGACUUCGGAGCUAAAGGGUGAAAUUGGUUCCCCAGCCCACAAGGGUGGUGUAUAUGGAAUAUCCUGGUCUCCAGAUGGUAAGCAGCUGUUAUCCUGCUCUGGAGAUAAGACUUGUGCCAUAUGGGAUGUGGAGACCAUGCAAAGGGCUGUUCUCUUCCCCAUGGGUACUGCCGUUGAGAAUCAACAGGUAUCUUGUCUAUGGCAGGGCAAGCAUCUCCUAACUGUGUCUCUCUCUGGGGACAUCAGUUACCUGGACAUUGAGAACCCUGAGACCCCCCUCCGAGUUAUAACGGGGCAUAACAAGCCAAUCACCUGUCUCUGCUUGUCUUUGGACCGGAAGAGGCUGUAUACAGCUAGUCACGAUGGAGCGGUUUCACAUUGGGAUGUGAGCAAUGGUGUAGGCGGUAAGGUUCGAGGUACUGGCCAUGGUAACCAAGUGAAUGGAAUGCGUAUGACGAAUAACGGGGUGUUAUUGACUUGUGGAAUCGAUGAUACGCUGCGCAGGAUUGACGUGCAGGCGGAAGGGGAUUCGCCGUCAUACUCCGACCAAGCAGUGACUCUUGGAGCGCAGCCUCGUGCUUUGGACCAAUUAUUGGACGAUGAUAUAACUAUCGUUACUACUGUUAAGGAGCUAAUUGUCCUGUCGGGUGGUGUAAAGAAAUCGACUGUGGCGAUUAAAUACGAGCCGUCAUGCGUUACAAUCAACCAUCAGACUAAGCAUGUAGCAGUUGGAGGUGAUGAUAGCAAAGUGCAUAUAUACACUCUGGAGGGAACGAAUUUGUCUCCCAAGACUGAGUUAGUACACCUCGGUGCUAUUAGUGACGCCCGCUACAGCCCUGACUGCAAGUACCUCGUCGCCUGCGAUGCUAAUCGAAAGCUUAUCUUAUAUGAUGAGGAAUAUAAGUUGGCCCAUAAUAAAGAGUGGGGUUUCCAUACAGCCCGUGUGAACUGUGUUUCUUGGAGUCCUGAUAGCUCCAGGGUCGUGUCUGGUUCUUUGGACACUAGUCUUAUUGUAUGGAGCCUCGCGCAACCGAACAAACACUUAACUAUAAAGAAUGCGCAUCCACAGAGUCAAAUAACAGGCGCGGUUUGGAUUGACAAUGAGACGAUAGCGUCGGUGGGACAGGACGCAAACACACGCAUUUGGACCGUGCCGAGCGCUUAG